AUGUCUCACCCGACCCCUCUCCCCGCCGCCGGCGACGCGCGCACCACGUACAUCCUGCAGAAAAGGUACAAUUCCGUCGGCUGCUACGUCUGCAAGUCGCACACCCACACACACCACGCCUGCCCCACCCGCCCGUGCUACCUGUGCAAGCGCGUGGGCCACCUCUCGCACGCGUGCCCCUUCCGUCUCAAACCCGGCGCGCAUCUCUCCCGCCGCCGGGGCCCCACCACCUCCGCCGCCGCCUUCCUCAAGUCGCGCGAGGUCGGCUCCGCUCGCUCGCCGGCCACCGUUGCCCUGCGCGACCGCCAGUUCGACGCGAGCGUCGCGCGCUGCGUGCGCCGCGCCCACCAGAAGCGCAUCACGGCCGCCGAGUGGCACCCGGCCGGCGCCCACUUCGUCACGGGCGACAAGGCCGGCAUCGUGCGCGUGUGGGCCGUCGGCGACGUCCGCCUCGGCGACCCGCUCGGACACGCGCUGCCGGCCGCCGCCCCCAGCGCCGCCUACGUGCACCAUUGCAACGUCACCGCCUUCGCGUUCGGGCCCGCAGGGGACGAGGCCUACAGCUGCGCGUCGGACGGCGUCGUGCAUAGGCUCGCGCUGGAGCUGGCCGGCAGCUCCGCACAGCAGGAAAGGCUGGAGGAGGGCGUCAGUGGCAGGGACGAGGUGCUCAACAUGAACCCCGAGGGAUGGCAUGGGCAGCACAAUUUCAAGAUGGGGUACAGCUUGGCGCGCGCCGGCAACGCGUUGUACAUCGGGGAUAGUGUCGGCCAUUUGUGGCGCGUGGACCCGCGGGAGGGCGGCGAGAAGGGGCAUUGCUGGCGGUUGCACAAGAGCAAAGUGACGUGCGUGGACGUUAACGUCGCGGGGGGGAAUCUGGUGGCGACGGCGAGCAAUGACCGGCGCGUGUGCGUGUGGGACGCGCGGCGGAUGGAGCGCGGCGCCGAGCUGGGGUGGUUCGAGCACGGGCGCGUCGUGAGCAGCGCGUACUUCUCGCCGAACACGGGGUCCAAGCUGCUGAGCACGUCCAUGGACAACCGGAUCCGCCUGUGGGGCGAUGUGCACGGCUUCGUGGGCGACGUGAACGCGCGCACGGAUGUGGAGCCGGUCGAGAUGAUUCACUCGCACGACUUCCAUCGACACCUCAACGCGUUCCGGGCAGUGUGGGACCCCAAGGACUGGCGCGACGACCUGUUCAUGUGCGGGCGCAUGAUGGGCGACGCGUACGUGGAUGAGGGCGGGCGCGAGGUGCUGCUGCACCCGGUGGAUAUGUUCGCGGCAAGCUCCGGGCAGGUCGUGCACUCGCUCAUCGACCCCGCCGUGACGCUCAUCUGCACCACCAACCGCUUCUCGCCGGUGGCGGACGGCGUGCUCACGGUCGCGUCCGGCGACGUCGUGCUGUGGACGCCGCCGCCGAGGGGGGAAGAGCGGCGGCGACGUGGUGGCGGGGCUUGGGGGUACAGGCGUGGGGGUGAGGGAGACGACGACGACGACGACGACGAGAGCGAUGGCGAUGAGGCGGAUGAGGAGGAGCCGCCGUCAAAGAAGAAGCGCAAGACGGCCGUCGUGGCGAAGAGAAGGACGCGGGCCGUGACGAAACGGAAAGCAGGGUCGACGUGAAGGCGGGCGCAACUCGCAGUGGUGGGAAGAGAACGUUGGCAGGAAUAAAAGUGGCGUUACGCGCCGACUCGGAUUAUACAGUACAGGAAUAAGAACAACAAGAUCGUACUCGCUACACGAUCAGUUAAAAAAAGGCUCUCUCCCAA